AUGGCUGGCGCUCAAGCCGCUCUCAUUGCAUUUUCGCCCUUGUUAUGGCAGUACUACGUGCAGAAUGAGGUGUUCUCCUUGAACAAUCUCUUCGUGUCUGUCCAACUUCUGCUGUCUCAAAUCUUCUUGGAAUCUUGUGAGAAAGCAAAGCGAGUCAAGGGGAAGGAGAAAGACAAGGUGCAGGAACAACUCAGGUUGCAGGCAUGGAGCUCAAGCGUGCUCGGAGCGUUCUUUGCCGGGCUUGGAUUCUCAAACCAGCAUACCAUCGUCUUCUACACCCUGCCAAUCGUUUGCUUCGUCCUCUAUCACGAUUUCAUUGUGUUCAAGAAUACUCAACGAGCUUCUUACUGGUGCGCACUGGUGCUGGCGUUUGUUGCCGGGCUCUCGCCCUAUCUGCUUCUCAUCCUCUCCUCGACGUCAGGAGCUCUCGGGAGCUGGGGAGAUCAGACGACGAUGACGGGGUUGAUCACGCACCUGCUGCGGAGGGAGUACGGAACGUUCAGACUGUACGCGGGGGAGGACAUGGAAUACACGUCUGUGCUCCGGUGGGCGCUGCUAUACUCCCAAGACUUCGCCGAGAACUUCCUGUGGGUUGGACUACCUCUACUCCUCGUGGGGAGUGUUGCAACGUUGAGAAGCGCAGCUCAUGACAGCUUCGGACUCCUCCUCCUCCUCUGCUUCACCUUCUACUGGGUGAGCUUUCAUCUCCUUGCCAACAUCCCCUCCUCCGAUCCUCUCAUGCUUGGAGUGCACAAAAGAUUCUGGAUCCAGGCUCACCUUGUUGGCUCCAUGCUGAUCAUGCCUGGCCUUGCGGCCUUGCACGAACUCCUGCUGGGCCGCAAGCUUCACCUGCCCCGCUGGGUGAGCGGACCUUGCGUCCUCCUGGUUCUCCUUCUCCAGGCUGGGCUACAUUUCAGCAAGAACGAUCAAAGCAGCAACCGGUACAUGGAGCUGUAUGCUCGAUCCAUCCUCGAGCCCUUGCCCCUCCGCGCGAUCAUCCUCAGCAAAGGGGACAACAUCGCCAACACUGUCCGGUACCUCCAAGUGUGCGAGCACGUGCGGCAGGACGUGCGCCUGAUGGACCAGAACAUGAUGUGUUACCCCUGGUUCAAGAAGACUCAGUCUCGCUUCUUCCCCGGAGUGAUUUUUCCUGGAGAGCACUGUGAGAAAUCGCCCGGAGAGGGAGAGCCUGGUAGCUACUCUAUCCGAGAGUUCCUCGAUGCCAACUACAGGUAUGAAGGAGCUGCUGGAGAGGCAGGGGAGAUGGAGGAAGGGCCGCCAAUCUUGACCUGUGGAGGAUGGAGACAGAAUGAGGCAGAAGCAGUUGCGUUCAAGGCGGUUCAAGGAUACACAACAAUUCCUUACGGCCUAUGUGAAAAAGUUAUUCCGCUUGCAGCCCUGCCAAACGUGACUGUCAAUGAAGUUAUGGAAGACAACAAGAUUCUCAACGCGGCGAUAAAGGAGAAGGACGGGAACAGGAGCAGCGGGAUCAUAUCGGUGUGGAAGGAGCUAGACAAAUACGACGAGACGACAUGGGAACGAUCUAUCCACGUGCACACGUUGCAAAGUUUUCAGAAGCUCGGGCACUGGCUUGUUAUGUGGGCCCAGAGGAACGAAGAUGACGUCAAGGUCGUGCGAGGAGGAGAGCGGGAACACGAGAGAGAGGAGAGGAGGGAGAAGGGGAGGAGAGAGAUGUAG